UGUGUGCGAGGCAGCAGAGAGCAUGUAAGCACACACACCUCAGAGGACUCUAGACUUUAUAUCCAGCUGGCAGUUCCAUCAUGAUCCCCACGGUAUUAUUACCGGUGGCGGCAGACGCUGUUGCCGGCGCCUGCAGCUCGCGGGAGGAGGUGCUGCACAGGGCAACUUCCUCUAGCAUGACGGCAUUCCACGACAACCCCAUCACCCUGGCUAACCUUUGUGAAGCAAGAAGCAGCGGUGACGCAGACCGCUUUCGAUUGUUCUCGCUCGACGAAGGCGUUCAGGAGCUAGCGUCGUUGAAGGAUGCCGGGGGUGGGUUGUUGGUAGAGUGCUCGACGGCCGCAGAGGGGCGGGAUCCCUCGGGCCUGGCCGAGAUUUCGAGGAGAAGCGGGUUGGGGAUUGUGCUGGGCGCUUCGUGUCAACAGACCAACGGGACAGCCCAACACGAGGCAUCACCAGAAACAAUUCGCAUGGAGCUCGAGCACCAGCUUCGGUUCGGGGAACACGGAACCUCCUCUGCCGCUUCUUCUUUUGCACCUUCCCCUGCUGGCGCUGCCGUGGCGGAAUCUGCCAGUGCGCCUGCCAGGAUCCAGGCCGGCUUUCUCCUUGUCAAGCUGAACAGCAGUUGUUGCAGCAGUCAAGCCGCUGUUCGCGUAGAGACGUCAGCAGUGACAACUACAGCGCGGUCUCCUGCUCACGACACCCACGGGGGACUUGGGAGAACCGCUGCCAUCGAGCUGGAGGGUGCGGCAAUGGCGCAGCAAGCCACGGGAGCACCGCUCAUGAUAGCAUGCUCUCAUUUCGUUCGUUGGCCAAUGGUGUUAGCCGCCCUGGUGAUCGCAACCACACACUGGGGAAGCUCCCAAGAUGGCACCGCUGCUGCUGCUCCUGCUGCUGCUGCUCCGAGUAGGAAGGUUAUCGUGGCAGGGAUGCAUGGGGGCGUGUCUCAAUCUCUCCAACACCAAGCUUCGCUGCUGAGCAAAGGGAUUGUACUGUGCUUCGACUGUUUCGGGAGGGUGGAGUGGUUGCCUGGGCCGAACUACUACCCUUCGGACGAGGAGAGCGCGGUGCGGAUUGCGGAGCUCGUUCGUCAUGGAUUUGCAGAUCGGAUAGUCUUGUCGUCUGGAGUGUCAAGGCGCUUUCAUCUGUCCAGAUUCGGGGGUUAUGGCUACGGCCACGUUUUGCGAACGGUCCCACCACGCCUUCUACGGCUCGGGGUUAGCGCGAAAGAUAUCGGACUCAUGACAAGGGAUAACAUGCUGGGCCUGCUGGACUGGUACACCCCGCCACCUCCAAUAGAGAUCCCGAAGGAUUACUUGCCGUGCUUUUGGUGCAAGAAGCGCUUUGAACCGGUGGAGGGGGAAUACUUCCAUAAGUUUCAGUUCGUGUACUGCAAUAUCAAGUGCCUGCGAGCUCAUCGAGACACCGGGUUCGAUGCUGAUGCUUCCGCCAGUAAGUAGGGCGGCGAAACAAGGGGUCGGAAUCCUUCUUGCCACGCAGGUCCUCAUUUAGGUGCUGCUGUGAAUAGUUAGUUGUACCGGGAAUUGUUGCGAAUGCGUCCAUAUUUCGUUGAUGAACAAACAAAGAAUGUUUUACAAAGCCGUGGGGUCAUCGUGCCGACAAAUGCUGUAGCACAACAGCUCACGUUGACAAAUGAGCCAGCUGAAAGUUACCGGAAGUUGCUCCAGGUGGAUGUAUCAUCAUCCAUCUAGCCCGGAGGAUGAUGUCCGUCAAAAGAGGCGUAGGUCCAUCGGGCGGCGAAACGUAAGCGCCAAAGCGGUUCUUGGGUUAAGCUUGGCCUCACUCCAGUUUGCGGAGGCACCGUUGAAACCAUGCUUUCGCAAGCGACAGCGCAUGGGCCCCGCAAUGAGUGGUGAGUCUACGUACGCCGCCGUAGAUAUCUGUCGUUCAUUUUGGAUCUACCGGGUUUUGCAACACGACGUAAAUCGGUCGUUGCUCCGCACACCAUGACAUCAAAGGCAUGAAAUUCGCUCGAA